UGCCGGUCGCGAUGAUGCUUGAACGAGCACUGCAAGCAAUUACGUCGGAAUCAGCCCAGUUUGAGCAAUGUCUGAACGCAUGAAAAAACCCAUUAUGAAGAAUUUAAUCCGCUGUACGUGUCUCUACCUAUCCACCGUAUUCUCCUCGUAACACUUUUGCCCAAUGGCCACGACAUUAACGGCCACCCCGCCGUCGCCGCCUCCGCCUCCGCCGCCAUCGUCCACCACUCAUCAAACGUCAGAGUCGCUGGUCCGAGCAGCAGCCUCUCCCGACCAACCUCACCACCACAACCACAACUACCUUCAUCACGACCACGUCCAUCACGACCAUACCCACCCCCAAUCCCCGCGCGUCUUCUACCUGCACUUCGCCCCAAAGCAUCGCGUCCUCGUCGCCGGCAUCACAAACUCCUGGAAGUGAGCCAUGGAGACCAUCAAGUCGUUCCUCUGGAAGCCCGACCCCGAAACCCAAAAACGCAAAUGCAACGCCCUGGUGCGGUCCAACGUGCGCAAGCUCGACCGGGACAUAGUGCAGCUGAAGCAAGCCGAGCAAAAAACGAAGACGUACAUACUGCAAGCGUCGCGGCGGGCGCAGCGCAACCCGGCCAUGGCGAAGCAAGCAGCCCAGGACACGCGCG